CAAAACCCUGAAUUUUGCUACUCUUCUUUUCUUUGCAGCCGAAACGCAAAACACAAACUCGCAUACAAAGAAGAGCCAGCCGCCCCCUUCAUAAAUUCACAGCCACAGCUCCACCGUCGGCUCGUCACUGCUCCACACUACUAAUCCAAACACAAAGAGAAGAGAAAGCUAUACACCAAGUUAAAAAAAGCCGCCUUCUGUUAAGUGGGGAUUAACAGAUGGGUGUUGAGUUAACCCAUCAAUAUACAGAAUAUAGAGCAAUGGAGGAUCAAGAGGAGGUGGAGGAAGGUGUUAGUAUUACUGAUUGGGAUUUAGUUUAUCAUGUUAGAGAUGCCCUUUUAUCUGUCAAAACGGGUGACAGGAGCAGUUACCACCAGCUUGUUGGGGUUUUGCAUCACAGAGAUCGUUCUGCUCCUGAUAAAGUAGCUUUGCUUUUGACGAGUCUAAAGGCACUAUCUGGGGCAGUUUCUUACAUAAACGACGUUGACCAUGUCGCUCUUCUUCAAUCUAUUUUUGGAAUGAGCAUGUGGAACUGUGUGCCUGAUGUGAUGGAUGCAUUGCUUGAACUUAUAAUAUGCUUGGCUGCUUCAAAUGGAAAAUAUGUUGAUUUAUGUCUUGAUAUGCUUGUAAACAAUUUUAUGCCACCGAUGGAAUCAGAUAUGCUCCGGCAUCCACGUGGUCAGGCAAAAAAGGACCAAGUUCUUCCUCGUGUGCAUACUGGUCUAGAAGUUAUUGUUGAUUUGGUGCCUUUGGCAGCCUUGAAAUUGUCUACAAAUGUUGUACAAAAGAGGCCUAUGUUCUUCAGGAAGGAUUUCAACAUGGAUCGUCUAAAAUGUCGCAUGGAGAUAUAUUUGAAGAAUAUGCUAAUGUUGGAGGGUGGUGCUAUUAGAGAAUUUGUUGGGCACAGUAUGCUCGUGGAAGUGGUGAAUAUGAUGCUAGAAUUGGACGUUGCAAUUGGUUGGGAUGAAUUGUUAAGGGAUGAUCCUAGUAAAGGCAUCUUUACAAUGGAGUUAGAAGAUGAGGAAGAGGAAGCUGAUGACGAUGGUCAGGCAAAUGAUGGUGAGCUUCCAAGCACGUUAACUCUCAGGAAUUUAGGUAAAAAUGUCACUGCUGACUUGCUGGAUAGCUUGAUGAUACAAUUUCUCGAGCAUCUUGAAGCCUGUGCGGACAAGAAGCGUUUGAGUGAGGUAUUUGAAACUCUUUUAUCUUCAUUCAUGGCAACUAUUUUGAACACGUACAAGUCAAAGUUUUCUCAGUUCACGAUUUUCUAUGCCUGUGCACUUGAUCCUGAAAAUUGUGGUGUGAAAUUUGCUCAAACACUCGUGGAUUUGUUCAUAUCUACUUGCAACCCACCGGUUACGAGGAUGAGUGCUGUGGCUUAUCUUUCUAGCUAUUUGGCUCGUGGGAAGUUUCUAUCUGCUGCCUUCGUCAUGAACAUGUUGAAAAGGCUGGUGGAUUGGUGUUUGAGAUAUUGUGAAGAGCAGGAUGGUGACAUGAAUCCAAAAGCACAUCAAGUUUUCUAUUCUGCAUGCCAGGGAAUUAUGUAUGUGCUCUGCUUUCAUAUGAAAUCAAUAAUGAAUGUUCCUACCCUCAAAUCACAGCUCCUCCUCAUGCCUAUAGAGCCAAUAUUGAAGCACAAAUUGGGGCCAUUGGAGGUCUGCUUGCCAUCAAUUGUAAAUGAGUUUCUCAAACAAGCUAAAGCAGCCCAUCUGUUCACCAUCUCCAAAGCAUUCAUCUUCGAAGAUUUGCUGGAAUCAGAUCUUUCUAGGGAUUUUGGUGGGCUGGAGAGGCUGGACAUGUUCUUCCCAUUUGACCCAUGUUUGCUGAAGAAAUGUGACAGAGGUUUCAUCCGGCCAAACUUUAUAUACUGGAACCAUGUCAAAACUACCUAUGAUGAUGAUGAGGAAGACAGCAGUGAUGAAGACAUUGCUGAUGAUUUUGGGGUUCUGAAUGAAGAGAAUUUCAUGGAAGAAGGGAUGGCAAGGAGUUUUGAUCAAGAUAUCGAUCUUGAUGAAUUUGACUACGUCAUGAACAAGAUGUCCAUCACACCUAAGAAUACGUCAGGUUUCCACUUUGGUGGUGAACGAAUGCCUUCAAAGAUAAGACCCUCAACAAGUCCAGAGUCCUUGUGAUUCGCCUGAAAACAUAGAAAAGGAAAACUGCAUCGCACAAGUUAAUGAAAAGAUUAUUUUGCUUAGUUGCUCGGCACACCAUGUUUGGGGUUGGGUCAGUAGUUUUGAAUUUUGAUGGUGCUGUGAUCUAUUCUUUGUCCAACUUUCUCGAACAUUUUGUAAACUUAUCGUAUGAGGUUACAAAUUUUGUGUCAA